GUAGCGUCGCAAGUUUGAGGUUACUCAAUAAGUAAACAACCAGCGUUCUGAACAGUCAAUUCGCACAACUGUCAGAGGACCGAGAGCGUUAUCAGCGCCGAGUUUCUUUCCUGUGUUCGAGGUACGCAACGCGUUCCAUCGUCUAUGCAUCGGUACGGUUACAUCGGUGAUCAAUGAAGAAUAUCCACGUGAAAUGUGAACCAGUGUUUACGGUGAACGGCGGAGGGGGAGGCCGACGCCAGGCGUAAGAAAAACCCGCGUAUUGGAUGUAAACGAAGGUACAGAAUUGAAAAUGGAAUAUGACUCCGCCUCAAGCUGCGACGAACGUUUGCGCGAAUCGGAACCCCGCGGGUUGGAAAAUCCGAGAGAACAGCGACCCUUCCUUAACCCGACAAGCCUAAAUAACACCGUCCACGACUCCCAACCGAAGGUAGCGUUUAACGUAAACAAAUCAUUGUCGAAGCAGGUGAUGGAGUACUAUAAGAAGUAUUCGCAAAAUUCGAACCUGGAUCAGUACUUUUCACUACCCGAAACAACCGCCGGCGAUAAUCUGGGGGUAAAAUAUUAUUACAGCAUCUACGAACUGAAUCAUAAAUCAGGCGGACACGGCGGCGAGACCAGCAGGCAGGACUGCGUCGGCCAGGAUUAUACUUUGGUUAAUUACGUGCCUCGGGAACGACGGCGCUGGGCCAGACCUCCGCUGAUUGGUCAGUCUUCGAGCUGCAACGAUAAUUCCUCCAUCUAUAGACGUCCGUUGACCGAGCCUCGCUCACCGUCUCCAGAGCCGAGACGAAAUACCCCGGAAACAAUUCCUGAGGAGAAGAAUGAGAGCCGAGAAAAUUUAGGAGACAGUCAAGAAAGGAAAUCCAACGUCUCUCCCACGUCGAGCGUUACUUCGCACAAACCACUGGAGUGGGACAGCGGCGCUGACGUUGGUUACUUCAAUACGCUGCCUCUCAAUAGACAGAGUAGCAAAAAAUUGAGUACUAUCGAGCGCAUGGCCUUGGCCAGAGGCUGUUCAGCUGCCCUCAGACAGGAUCCGGAGGGAACGACGGAGUCCGGCUUGUCCGGCCCUGCUUCGCAGGGCCAACCUGGACCCAAGUCAAAACAAAGGCCGGAUGCCAACUCUACACCUCUUCCUGGAGCAUUGUCCGAGACAGAAAGUGAAGCUGAAAUUACUCCAAUCGUCAAGAAUCAUGUACCCGGUAUAAUAACUGGCGAUGACAUCAAAUCAGAUACGAGAAAACAGGUCGAGUCUGAGGAUGUAAGUAGCUCCGAGACGCCAAAAACCUCGCAUCCGUUUAAGGUACCGGCAGUGAAAUAUGCCACAGAAGGCAAGAAGUCGGGGGGAAAUGCUGGCACACGUUCUUGUGUCCUGAAGAAAAGCUCGUCUAUGAAUAUCUUGGCCCCCGUUCCGUCCUCCAAGCUUUUGCUGAAACGGAGUCAAAGUGAUUUGAAUUUGCUGGCCAUGGAUAAAGGCAAGUCUGCUCCGCCGCUCAUAUUUGAUUCCACCUCAUCCCUCGCUACUAUUGUCAACAAACCAGCUACCUGUGACAAAGUCAUUCAAACCACUAUCAGUGAACGUUUCCAAGAGUCUAUUGGGGUACAAGUUUCUGUUUUGGAAGAGGAAAAGCCACCGGUACCUAAGCGGGGUACCAGCUUGGUACAGAAAUCCAUACUGAAAGGUUCUAAAAAUACGUACAAAGUCCCAGACUCCGAAAAGCGUAGCGCGUGUGGAACAACUGAAAACGACCGUUGGACCAGUGAAAUUGCGAACGGCAAUUUGAAUCGACCCAGCAGUACCGAUGCUUCUCGCAACGAUUCUCGAGCUGCAACGCCCCAACCAGAUGACACGGAGAACGUUACUGGACGAGCAAACAGUUUUGAAUAUUUCCCAGGUCAUGUAUACGAGAACGUGCCAAAUGGGAGCGAAAGUCAGGUCUCCACCGUUGACACGAGACGAUCCAACUCCACUAUGCCGAACACUAGCUCAAGUAUCGAUGAAAAACUGUGGGGAGAUUCCGAUAGCUUGGUAAGAGACUUGGAAAGGAGCGUUAACAUACUCAAGAGUUUAGUGGAUGCUAACAAGUGCGAUAAACAAGUUAAAAAGAGGCUGAUACACCAUGUUGUCAAGAGACUGGUCACGGCAAAAUAUACCGACGAUAAAAUCGAGCACAACUUGGAAGAAAACGUUCCGUGGAAUCCAGACGAUGCUAGAAAAAAAGUCUACAGAACCGAUAUAAUCCAGGCUUUAACCAAGAAACAAAAUACGACUGAUUCUUCUGAUGAAUGGAAACCAUCGAAGAAAAAGAAAAGCCCAAAGAAGCAGCUCAACGAAGAGGUCAGGGUUGUCGAUGAGAUGAUCACCUUGGAGAGCAGUAAUAGCGACAAAUUCGAUGUACAAACGGAUAGGACAGAAAUGGAUGGGAGAAAGGCAAGAAUGGGGCUUAGGGCGGACGAUUGUCAGCGAAGCAGCAAUUCACCUACAGAUGCUAACAAGAGUGAGAGCUCGGAGUGCUUUCUACCCCAACGAAGAGACAAGGCCAAAGCUCAUGAUAAUAUCUUCUACUUCAAACAAAAUUCCAAAAUUCCAAACGGAGACACGUCAACAUCCGAUAAUCCGUUGGAUCAGAAGAGAAUAUAUUUGGAUGCAUCUGUCGGAGCCAGGCAAAGUGUAAUGGGAUCCAGUAACAGUAGUAAAAACAGUGCUGAUUGGAGGAUGCCGACAACAUUGUCCGAGAGACAGUUUGAAUUACGCAGACCCAAUACUUCGGAAUCUGGAGAUUCAAAGUUGGUUAGCUAUGCGGAAACUGAAAAGAAAAAUCAACUUCUUUGGAUCACUAAUGAAAUCAGUCACUUAUCUAAUUUGAAGAAAUUAUUGGAACAACCAAAGAAAUCAGAUCGCCCGAGGAUGUCACCAAAAAAAAUUAAACAUGCCAUUGUUACACAGAAACCGUUGGCGUUACUAAAAUGUGCAUGUGGUGGCAAUAAUCAUGACAAUACUCAAAGGACUGCUUCGGAUAUCUGCGACGAAUCGAUCAAACCGCAGUGGUCAUCUCACUGCAACCUGGCGACUUGCCAAUCCACUGUCAGUUCCAGUGCAAAAAAUUUCAACUAUCAAUUGAAGAAACGAAACAGUUGCACGCAAACAGGAACAGAGCCUGCGAGGGCGCAUUCCCAAACCGGAAGCGAAAUCACGUCUCCACCUUUGAAGCAUCACAAUUCAGAAGUAACGUCAGUUAAUAUUCACGUACAAACUUCACCCUCUUCGUUGACUUCGCCGCCUCCGUUAAGACCCCGGCUAACCUUGCCUGAAAACACUUUACCGAAAGCUGGUUGUCCUGUUCAUAAACAUUCGGGUCUCGUUUGUCAGUGCGGUAGAAGGCAAGAGCACCAGGAGGCAGGACAGAAUUUAUUAAAAAAUAAUUGUCUGUAUCAUUUUUCUAACCAAAAAUUAUCCGAACAAAAUCUUUCAAAUGCUCAUCAUCAUCAGCCUUCACCUCUUCAUUUCAAUCACCAAAGAGUCCCUGUUUCUAACUCUGAUCAGUCUAAUCGGCCAAAUCAAACCGGUACCGAUAUUAUGCAGCCAAUUAGCCACGGGGUCGGCAGCAAAAAUCGAAAAUCUGAGCCAAAGGAAGCAAAAAAUAAAGUAAACGCUUCAAAGUCUAUGUGCACGUGCGACUGCGGUAUUUCUACGACAAUCUGCAAAUGCGUUGGUAAAUGUUUGUGCGAAAUUAAGCGUGCUGAGAAUGGAUCCUCAAGAUGCGAUAAUUUAUCGGGAGAAAUUUGCAAUUUAUGCCGAAAGAAGGUUGGUCAAAUUGAGGUGAACGGGGCGGAAUGCGGCUGCGGUAAAUCUGAGAAUAACGAGGUAGCCGCUUGCCAAAAUUACUGCACCUGUGAGCAUGUGAAAAGAAAAGAACAACCGAAGUUAUGCGGAUGUUCCGCCACUUGCAAAUGUGAGAACAGAAAAGUUGACGGAUUGGCGGUAACUAAUGGAAUUGCCUGCGAAGUUUGCUAUAAAACGUGGGGUGAAAAGAUAUGCCAAUGUUUCGACAACUGCAAAUGUGAGAACAGAAACUUGGAUCAAGCAGAAAAUGAUAAGAAAAUUUGCAGCUGCUAUAGAGAGCGAAAAUGUAAAUGUAACGAAUGUGCUCAUUGUUUGAGUAACGGGGUACAAAAGUCGCAGGCGAAGCAUUAUUAUUCAUACAAUUCGCACGAAUCUCAGCAGUUGUCGGGACACUCAGGGAGAUUGAAAAACGACGGAUUGUGUAAGUGCGGGAAAGAUUGUUGUUGCGAGAACAAACUGAAGGAUAUAGAAAGGAGAUUGUACAGUCCGAAGCGUAGCGCAAGAACAAACUGUUCCUGCGAAUCGAGGCUCGGCGAAAGCGACGGAAAUAACCAGCAACACUGUCGAAGUUGCGGAAGCAUGUACAAAAACGGGAGGAAAUGCAACUGCCGCAUAAGUUACCCGAAGCCGAUCGCGUACGAAUUAUCGUUCACGGAUGGCAAAGUAAAUAAAAAUACGGACUUUGUCGCUAAGAAAAAUGAUAAAAUCGACACGAGAAGAUUGCCCGAGGUAGCUGUGCCUGAUUCGCCAACUAAUACCGCUAGAUCAGGGGGCGGCUGCUUGUGCGACGAAGCAAGGUCUUACACUUCGGGUAAGAAUAGCGGACGGACAAAGACUCUUCAGGACUACUUGGCUCAAAAUAAGCCUGAUUUUGUUAAUAAUGUUGAAACUCGUCAGCAGUGUAUGUUUGAAAUUUCUCACUUGCGAGAAUUGAGGAGAGAGAAACGCGUUCAACUGCUUGCGCUGGCCAGCGGUUCAAAUUUAUCUAAAACUCCGAGAACGACUAAACCGAAAGUCUUGUCAGCGCAGAGGAAAAUAAGUGACGAAGAAAUGAAGGAGCGGCUGCGUAAACGUUACUACAGACUGCACGAGGUGCGCAGCAAACGGCAACAAAGGGAGAAACAGGAGCAAGCCAGGCGAAACAAAUUGAUGGCUAAUAUAUUCGGCAAAAAGCUACAGCAGAAAGUUCUCAAGGGUCAAGUAGAUCUUUCAAACAGCGUUAGCGUUAUAUCGAACUUGUAAUAUUGAAUUAUCUUGCGUUUGUCACCACAGCUGGCUAUGAGUACUAAUAUUAACAGUAAUCGAAAUGUGACACGUUUUGGUUUCAAAAAUCUCUAUACUCUGAGAUUAAUAUCGUACAUUCCGCUAAAGAAUUUUGUACAUUCUAGUAUGGUUUAUACAAAACUAAAAAAUUGAGCAUUUGACGUACAACGUAAAGUAGUUUGAAAAGUGAGGUCGAGUUGACAUCAACACUUUUACAAUAUCCAUAUGACGUGUAACUGAUAAUAAAACGAAUUAGAUUGCUGAGCACUGACAAGUAUAUUACAAGUAUUAUUUUUUAUUCGAGAAAAUAGAAUGUUUGUAUUUAUGCUUAUUAUACAUGAAUCCAUCAUUUUUCAUCCGAAAUUUAGUGGUUAAUUUACAUAUUAUAUUUUUUUUCUCACGUGUUCAUUUUAAUACAAAAAUACGAGUGGUACAACUAGAAUAACAUAACACGUGCCUGCCUAUAGUAGAAAAUUAUAUAAUAGUAAUAACAAUAAUUUAUUGCACUUGACCUAAAAUCAAAAGAAUCUACCAAGGGUAUCAAACUAAUUAUUUUAUACAAUAUCUAUGUAUGGAUAUGUAAAAAAGAGAAUGAACAUAGCAACAUGAAUAAUGGAACGUACAAACAUCUGUAAAGAUUUUUCGCACCGAAAUGCCAUGACAGUAAUUUUAGUUAAUUUGAUUAGUUGAAAAUUCUUAUACCAUCAUUACUAUUUGUUAGUAAAGUGGGUAAUUUUAUUAUUACAUACUUAUAAAAUGUACCAUGUUAUUUUUAUACUUUGUCCAUAUAGUCUUCUAUUACCUCAGAAAUUAUGAUAUAAUUUGUAUUUAUACAACUUGUGCCGUUAAGUACACUUAGCUAUGCUAGAGCAUUACGUAUGAUCAGUUUACCUUAUUCUUCCGUUAUAAACAACAUACGGUUGAAAAAUCCAGCUUAAAACAAAGAAAAAUACAAACCACCGUCGCACUCGAUCUUUCGAAUGAAUUAAACUGACCAAUAGUUGCAUGCGUGGCGAUCUCAAUCAAGUCUGUUUACACUUUAGGAGAGAACAGUUCAUAAUAUAGUACCUGAUAUUCACAUUUCGAACAUGACAUAAUGAUAUAGUAAUUUUUCAUUUUCAAUAUACUCGUAUUAUCUAGGUAGUAGUAAUAAUAAUAAAAACAACAGCAACAACAAUAAUAAUAGUAAUAAUAAUACCGAAUAAAAUUUAUCGGACACUCCGCGAAAACAAUAAUUUUACGUACUGAACGUGCACAUAAAUAUAUAGAUGUUAAAAUUUUUAUAAAAUAAAAUUAGUUUAUC